UUGAAUGUGAUUUUUCUUAUUAAAGUAUUUUUUUCUCAUUUUUUUAAUUAAUUUUUUUCAAUGAUUUAUGAAUACAUUAAUAAUGUUGGUGAAGUUCAUUUAAACUUUCAUCGGAAAAAUUGAAUAUGCCUCGUUGCUCAAUGAGUACGGCCAAGCAUUAUCACUAUCGUGUGAUCUUUCACAAAUACUGUGAACGUAUAGGAGUAAAUGCGUAUUUUAAGCAAGAUUAGUUAGCUAGUAAUACCCGUCGAGACUACAUCGUACAGUGAAUUUCAAUAUUUUUUACAAACGAAAGAAAUACAUUUUUUGAGGUCAAUUGGUGCAGCAAAUACAGUGCAUAGAAAUAAUAUCAUAUUUAUAUCGGAAAUAUGCCACCAAUGCCGCCGAACAUCAUAUCAGAUGGUGAUUUGAAUUUCCAGAGAAGUCCGCUAAUUUUCUACGUCAACGGAAAAAAGGUAGUGGAAGAAAAUCCAGAUCCAGAAUGUACGCUAUUGACGUAUCUACGUGAAAAACUUCGUCUGACCGGUACGAAACUUGGAUGUGCUGAGGGGGGAUGUGGUGCAUGUACCAUUUUGGUAUCAAAGGUUGUAAAUCGUGAAACACAUGAGCUAAAACAUUUGGCAGCCAAUGCAUGUUUAACGCCAGUAUGUGCUGUUCAUGGCAUGUCAGUGACAACGGUCGAAGGAAUUGGCAAUACUAAAACAAAAUUGCAUCCCGUUCAAGAGCGUAUCGCUAAAGCGCAUGGUUCACAGUGUGGUUUCUGCACACCAGGGAUUGUAAUGUCGAUGUAUGCUCUGCUUAGAAGCACACCAAAGCCAACAAUGAAAGACAUGGAAAUCGCCUUUCAAGGGAAUCUCUGCCGUUGUACCGGAUAUCGGCCAAUUAUCGAAGGUUAUAAAACGUUCACCAAAGAAUUUGAGUGCGGCAUGGGCGAAAAUUGUUGCAAAAAUAAAAAAGGUGCCUGUUCGAAUGGCGAAGAAGAGCGCGAUGAAUUGUUCUACACCAGUCAAUGGGCUCCACAUGAUCCAAGCCAAGAACCGAUUUUUCCACCCGAACUGCAACUCUCCGAUGCGUUAGAUAAACGCUCAAUUGCAUUUUAUGGAAAACGUGUCACAUGGUAUCGGCCAAAUAAUAUCAAAGAUUUAUUGGUGCUAAAGUUACAGCAUCCGAAUGCAAAGAUUAUCGUUGGAAAUACCGAAGUUGGUGUCGAAGUAAAAUUCAAACACUUCCAUUAUCCGGUGUUGAUAAUGCCAAAUCAAAUACCAGAAAUGAAUCACAUUGAUAUUUGUGAGGAUGGCGUUGAAUUUGGAGCCUCUGUUACAUUGAUGGACAUUGACAAAACAUUUUCACAUCUCAUUGACACUCUGCCUGAACAUAAAACACGAUUGUUCAAAGCGUCAGUAAAUAUGUUGCACUAUUUUGCCGGAAAGCAAAUUCGAAAUGUAGCGGCGCUUGGAGGUAAUAUUAUGACUGGCAGUCCAAUUUCCGAUAUGAUUCCGGUUUGUUCAGCUGCCGAAGUGAGGCUACGGGUUGAGAGUAUUUCACGUGGAUUCCGUUACGUUAAAAUGGGAGUCGGAUUUUUCACCGGUUAUCGUAAAAAUAUUGUUGAACCCGAUGAGGUGCUAGUGUCAAUUAUGUUUCCAUAUACGUCUGAAGAUCAACAUUUCCUAGCAUACAAACAGGCCAAGCGACGUGAUGAUGAUAUUGCAAUUGUGAAUCUCGCUUUGAAUGUUGAAUUCGAGCCGGGCACAAAUCAAGUGAAAAUGUUAAAUAUGGCAUUUGGUGGAAUGGCACCAACCGUGGCAAUGACACCAAAAGCUUGUUCGUCCGUUAUUGGUCAAACUUGGAAUGAAGAUCUUGUGGAGAAAGUUAACAAAGAAUUGAUAAACGAGCUCCCAUUGUCACCGAGUGCUCCGGGUGGUAAUAUUUUGUAUCGCAGAUCUUUGACAUUGAGUCUCUUCUUCAAAGCGUAUUUGGACAUUGCACAGAAACUUGAACAAAAAUCAAUUGCAGAAAGUAAUAUUCCGCAAGCAGAACGCUCUGGUGCAAAUAUCUUUCACACACUCAUCCCACAGAAUACUCAAGUUUAUGAAAAAGUACCUGAUAAUCAACCGAAUCUAGAUCCGAUUGGACGGCCCAAAGUGCAUAUGAGUGCAUUCAAGCAAACUACCGGCGAAGCAAUCUAUUUGGAUGACAUGCCAAAGUGGGAGAAUGAAUUAUAUUUGGCUCUGGUGAUGAGCACAAAAGCGCACGCAAAAAUUCUCUCCAUCGAUCCAAAUGAAGCACUGAAAAUGCCAGGCGUUCAUCGAUUUUUCGAUGCAACAGAUUUGACCGAUCACGAAAACGAAGUCGGUCCGAUAUUUCACGAUGAAACUGUUUUUGUGAAAGAUAAAGUUACAUCACAAGGUCAAAUUGUCGGUGCCAUUGUGGCUGAUAGUCAAUCGCUUGCUCAGAAAGCAGCAAGAAUGGUGAAAAUUCAAUAUCAAGAUAUAAGUCCGAUAAUUAUUACCAUUGAAGAUGCAAUAGCACAUAAUUCAUAUUUUGGUCCACCGAAGAAGAUUGAACGGGGUGACUAUCGCAAGGCAUUUGCUGAAUCGGAUUUUGUUGUUGAAGGUGAAUGCAGAAUGGGCGGUCAAGAACAUUUCUAUUUGGAAACACAUGCAGCUUUGGCCAUUCCACGUGAUGCAGAUGAAUUGGAAGUGUUUUGUUCGUCGCAGCAUCCGAGUGAAAUUCAAAAACUUGUCGCUCAUGUAUGCAAUAUGCCAAUAUCGAAAGUUGCAGCCAGAGUUAAGCGAAUGGGUGGCGGAUUUGGUGGAAAAGAAUCAAGAGGAAUGUUAGUUGCUUUGCCAGUUGCAUUGGCAGCUAGUCGUAUGAACCGACCCAUUCGAUGCAUGCUUGAUCGCGAUGAAGAUAUGCAAGUGUCCGGCACCAGACAUCCUUUCAUGCACAAGUACAAAGUAUCAUUUAACAAGGACGGCAAAAUUACCGGAUGCAAAAUUAAAAUCUACCAAAAUGCGGGAUAUUCAAUUGAUUUAUCUUUUUCCGUACUCGAGAGAGCAAUGUUUCACUUUGAAAAUGCGUAUCACAUUCCGAAUUCAUGCGUUCUUGCAUGGUCUUGUAAAACGAAUUUGCCAUCGUGUACGGCAUUCCGUGGAUUUGGUGGACCUCAAGGCAUGUUCGCAGGAGAACAUAUCAUACGCACGGUUGCUGAAACAUUGGGAAAAGAUUUUACGGAAAUUGUUGAAAAAAAUUUAUACGAAACGAACCACAUAACACACUACAAUCAAAUGUUGACUAAUUGCACUGUACAAAGAUGUUGGUAUGAAUGCAAAAAACAAGCCGACUAUGAAAAACGUAAGGCGGCCAUUGAUGAAUUUAAUCGUCAGCAUCGUUGGCGAAAACGUGGUAUUUCGAUGGUGCCAACAAAAUUCGGUAUUGCAUUCACCGCAUUGUUUUUGAACCAAGCCGGUGCACUGAUCCAUAUUUAUUCGGAUGGAUCAAUUUUAUUAUCACAUGGAGGUACGGAGAUGGGUCAAGGAUUACACACAAAGAUGAUACAAUGUGCAUCAAGAGCAUUGGGUGUUGAUGUUGAACGUAUACACGUUGCUGAAACGGGCACCGAUAAAGUACCGAACACUUCAGCGACAGCUGCCUCAUCAGGUAGCGACUUAAAUGGCAUGGCAGUGAUGGAUGCGUGUGAAAAGCUAAAUAAACGCCUAGCACCAAUUAAAGAAAAAUAUCCGAAUGAAUCAUGGAAUCAAUGGGUGUCAAAAGCAUACUUUGAACGGAUUUCACUUUCGGCCACUGGUUUCCAUGCCACGCCAGACAUUGGCUAUGAUAUAAAUACAAAUCAAGGGAUGGCUUUCAAUUACUUUACAUAUGGUGCUGCAUGUUCGGAAGUUGAAAUCGAUUGUUUGACUGGCGAUCAUCAAGUUAUUAGCACUGACAUUGUAAUGGACCUCGGAUCAAGUUUGAAUCCAGCCAUUGACAUUGGGCAAAUCGAAGGCGGUUUCAUGCAAGGAUAUGGUCUAUUCACACUUGAAGAGAUGGUGUAUUCACCGACAGGAAUUGUGUUCUCUCGUGGACCCGGUGUAUACAAAAUUCCCGGUUUUGCUGACAUUCCUGGUGAAUUCAAUGUAUCAUUGUUGAAAGGAGCUCCAAAUCCCAGAGCUGUCUAUUCAUCAAAAGCCGUUGGUGAACCUCCACUAUUUUUGGCAUCAUCGAUUUUAUUUGCCAUCAAGGAAGCGAUUAAGUCUGCACGACGAGAUGAAGGCGUAGAUGAGAAAUUCAAUUUAAUUUCGCCAGCAACUGCAGCCAGAAUCAGAAUGGCGUGUCAAGAUCGAUUCACACAACAGUUUCCAGAACCUGAAACAGGGUCAUUUGUUCCAUGGAAUGUUAUGGCGUAACAAAAGUUAAAUAUUCAUUUGAAAUUAUUUUGUUAUUUUCAAAUAAAAACAAUUCUUAAAAUCUAUGUGUGUAUACAUUUUAA